UGAUAAUGCUUCUGGUGCAGACAGGACCUGCCCUGCUCUGUCCUGCUGGCACACUUGGUGGCCAAAGCUGACUAUUGCUGCUCCUGGGCCUCCUCCCAGCCUCAGACUUCAGCUCAGCAUCUCCAGCAGCGUGGCUCAUGGCCCUGUUCUUCUCCUUGAUCCUUGCCAUUUGCACCGGACCUGGUCUCUUAGAUGCCCAGCCAAGCUCUCAUCCCUUUGGAGGGUCUUUGUCCAGAGUGCGGCUCGUGGGAGGUGACCACCGCUGUGAAGGGCGGGUGGAGGUACAGCGGGCCGACGAGUGGGGCACGGUGUGUGAUGACGGCUGGGACGAGAACGACGCAGCUGUGGUGUGCCGGGAGCUGGGUUGUGGAGCGGUCAGGAAGGCAAUCAGCGGUACUGCAUAUGGGCCACUGACACAAGAAGAUCAAAAAAUCUUCGUCCAAGAAUUCAAAUGCAAUGGCAUGGAAGAGAGCCUGUCUCAGUGUGAAAGGGAAGAUUUUUUUGACUGCAGCCACAAGGAGGACGCAGGAGCUGUAUGUGGGCUCCCAGAGGACGUGCGGCUGGUUGACGGCCCCAAGCACUGCCAGGGCCGGGUAGAGGUGAAGCACGAAGGGCAGUGGGGCACCGUGUGCAAAGCAAGCUGGAGCUUUGCAGCCACCAAGGUCGUGUGCCGGCAGCUGGGAUGUGGACGGGCCAUGCUGACCCGGAAAUGCUGCAACAAAGCCACCCAGGGCCAAGGGCCCAUCUGGCUGAGAAAAGCGUCAUGUUCGGGAAAAGAAAGCAGCCUUGAGGAGUGCCCUGCUGGGGUCUGGGAGAGGAGCAACUGCACCCACAAUGACGACAUGUGGGUGGAAUGUGAAGAUCCCUUUGAGCUGCAGCUGGUAGGAGGAGACAGCCACUGUGCCGGGAGGCUGGAGGUGCUGCACAAGGGCCAGUGGGGCACCGUCUGUGACGAUGGCUGGGGAGAAACAGCAGACCAAGUGGUAUGCAGGCAGCUGGGCUGUGGGCCGUCCCUCUCUCCACCUACUAAAUUCCGGAGAAGAUUUGGCCCCGGGGCCGGCCGCAUCUGGCUGGACGAUGUGGCUUGCUCAGGGAAGGAGAGGUCCCUGGAGGAGUGUCCACACAGGUUUUGGGGCCGACACAAUUGCAACCAUGCAGAGGACGUGGCUGUGGUCUGUGCAGAAUAGUAGCCUGGCCUGCCUGAUGGUCGACCAGAAGCCCACAGGUCCUAAGUGUCCCCUACUUCUCAUGGACCCUGAUUGGUCUGGCCUGAGCCCCGGGCCGCAGGCUGUACCUGCCUCCCUCUUUGCCCCCAGCAAGCACCUGAGCCCUGUGCCCUGCCGUGCUCUAGAGCCAAGCACUCCCAUCACCGCCUGGAGACAGGAGCUGUUGAAUGCCCUCUGCCGGGAAGACAAGCUCACGGUCCCCCUCUCCUCGCUGUGGACCCUCCACACUGGCUCUGGCCUGUGCUGCCUCUUCUCACCCCGCCUGGGAUCCCCAGCCCUGUGCUCUGACCACUAUGGGCCAUCGCUGGGCGUCAUCUGUGUCUGUAGAGAGCAUGAGAGGAAGCAGACCACUACAUGGAACUUGGGGA